ACCUGUCACCGUGACAUCUGCCACCGGCGGGAUCACCAGGGCCCAGCAUUGUCAGCCCCCUCAACCUGCUCACACAGCGUCACGAGACGCGACAGGUACGUGGAAGUUUCCAAGCCUCGUCUUACCAGUGCUAAGUCCAAGGCCCAAUCUGGACACAUCGUCCCGAAAUUUGUCCUCAAGGUCACAUCAGCCCCGAGCCAUUGGUUCCGUGAGUGCUGAUUGGCACCAGACACGUACACCAUGAGCACAUGUUACCACUGCCCCUAUUUUUCAUCGUCACGCCGCUUUGUACAUGUGUGUUUUCUGCAUUCCCGCCCUUGGUCAUGGUUCGGCACGUGGCAGUAAAUCACCUGCCUGCUCGAGCAGUAGUCAUUGCCCAGGCUUUUGGCAUUCACCAUUGUCAUUAGCCAUCGGCAGUCUGUCAAUCCCCAACACGUGGCAAAAGUCCACCGCCAUCUUGGCCAAUGGUCAUUGCUCCGUCUCGUGCAAGUACCGAUUGGUCUCACUAGUACUUAAACAAAAGUCCGUCGAGCGUUUCAACAAGCGCGUAUGCUCGCACAAACAACCUCAGAACAUCCCUUCACCCAUUGUCGACAUGGCGGGCCUACAGAAGUACAGCAAACGCGAGAUUGUCUUUGUGAUGUACCGCAUGAUCAACAAAGUGAGGAAUGAGGACAUCGUCAAGCAAUUCCACGCAGAGUUUGGCCGGCCAGAGUUCGACGAGACCCAAGUACGCUACAUGGGCAACAAGUACGGCGACGAUGUCAAGUAUGGAUCCCUGAAGAAGAAUUUCAGUGGCGCGGUUGCAGGGGAGUGCCCUUUGAAGUACGUCGAGAUGGCCCUAGCCAGAGGAUCUAAGACCGAAACCUCGCACUCAGCGAAGAAGAAGCGCACGUCUACCAAGAACACCAUAGCCUCUCUAUACGCCAAGGCCAUCCCCAAGAUUCGGCGCCUCAAGGAGACUCAACAAGCCAGCAAGGCAUCCGCUCUGAACUCCAUCUCUCUCUCGUCUCCUGUCCCACAGUCGUCACCCAAGACAGCGCCUGCGGAAAAAGAUAUCGAACCGGCUGUCGUUGGCACGAUGCACAUGAAACCUUUGGAGGACACCAGCGUACAGUUUCAACAUCUACCCGAUCCACUGCUCGACGCUCCUGCCAUCCCUCUCGAGCCGAUGCCAUACUUGGACUUCGACGCCGCGCCAACCUUUCCAGAUCCUCUGACGGACCUCAAUAAAGCGCCACCGCCUUAUCAGCAGCAGUCUACGUUUCUCGAGCCAUACCAGUUCCCAGUGGUGGAUGCAGACCAAUUCGUCGUGCCGGACACAAUUGAACACUUUCCCCAACCAUGGGUGUCGCCGACGCUGCAUGAAGGCCACCAGCCAAUUCCUCCGCUGCCAACCGCCUAUCAGCCUCCUGUUCCGCAGCACAAUGACAGCUACUAUUACAAAGAGGACGAUAGCUUCUUUGCGAUGCCUCAGCCAGACUUCGUGGAUUUUGCAGACCCUGGACUCCCGUGGUCGCAGCCCGAUUACAUGGGACACGAUUUUGGAUUCGGCAUGGGCGUCCAGCCACACGGCGGAUCGUAUCUGUCUGUGACGGAAUAGGCGGUGCCUGAAUGCAGUGGAGUCAACGGAGGUGCUGUUGAGUUUUGGGGAUGCUGUUGCUCGCAUGACGGGGAGCAGGACGUGGACGCUCGAUGUUUGGAGCUGCUGCAAUGGAAGUGCCGAGACCAGCUAGCUUUUUUCGUAUGGUCUUUUUUGGUGUUCA